UAGAUUUACUUCCUCCAAAAUGGCAGCCGAUUUUCUACGCGASCGAUAAAUGCACUAAAUUAUUAUUAAAAACUUUUCAGUUCGGCUAUUAGAAGCACUUAUUUUUUAUGCUAGUACAAGAUCAAUCGGCGUUGAGUUUUUUGUGGUAAAACAAUGAAAACUGGUGAACAUCGAUCGAGCUAGUGUUGUAGUCUGGCUCUAACGURUCUGUUUUCACUUUUGUUUAUUUCGUUAAACAAACUUCUAUUAUAGGCUGUUUUUGGCUUAAACAUAACAAGAUGCAUCGCAGAGGUGUUGGUGCGGGGGCGAUAGCCAAAAAGAAGCUAGCAGAGGCCAAAUAUAAAGAAAGAGGGACUGUUCUUGCAGAAGACCAGAUUGUUCAGAUGUCCAAACAGCUAGAAACCUUCAAGUCCAACCUGGAGGAGUUUGCCAGCAAACAUAAACAAGARAUCCGCAAAAACUCCCAGUUCAGGGUCCAGUUUCAGGAAAUGUGUGCCACCAUCGGUGUCGACCCGCUUGCCUCCGGCAAAGGUUUUUGGUCUGAGAUGCUUGGCGUGGGGGAUUUCUACUACGAGCUCGGUGUGCAGAUCAUUGAAGUCUGCCUCGCCCUCAAACACAGAAAUGGAGGACUGAUCACUCUGGACGAGCUCCAUCAGAGAGUCCUUAAGGGACGGGGUAAAUAUGCUCAGGAUGUGAGCCAAGACGAUUUGGUCAGAGCCAUAAAGAAACUGAAGGUGAUGGGAAACGGGUUUGGGAUGAUUCCGAUCAGUGGUUCUUACUUGGUCCAGUCGGUCCCAGCAGAACUUAACAUGGAUCAUACUGUAGUUCURCAGCUGGCUGAGAAAAAGGGCUAUGUGACAGUGAGCGAGAUCAAAACCAGCCUGAAAUGGGAGACGGAACGAGCCUCUCACGUUCUGGGUCAUCUGCUGAAAGAAGGCCUGGCCUGGUUGGACUCUCAGGCAGCCGGGGAGGCUCAGUACUGGCUGCCGGCGCUCUUCUCAGAGCUGACCUCUCGUGAYGUCACGCCGGAGGAGGCCAAUCAGAUGACUCCCUGAGAUGUCGGGAGAGGAUUUGGACCGGAGACUUGAAACAAAACGUGCCUGRACGAGGACAGAAUGAGCACAUUUCUCACAGAACCUCUGCUGGAGGAGUUCAGUCGAGUUUUGUUUUUAACGGGUGAACUGGGGAAGAAGCUUCAACGUUCCAAACCCUUCCUYGUGUGAUUAACUUUGAAAGAAAACUCUUGCAUCAGUUCUGUUGAGAUGAGUUUUUAUUAGUCAGCACAUUUGGUUGAAUGUGUUUAAAAUGAAUCAGAACUAACGGCUCAGAAUAUAUUUUCAAAUUGUCGUAAUUUUUUCUUUUGAAGCAAUAAAGUGCAAAAUACUAA